CUACCACCAUGCAUUGUUUCCUUCCCCAUUUGCUUGGGUAGAUUUCUUAGAAGGUCAGGUAACGCAGUCACAACCCUGAAAGGCGGAGGAGGACGAGGAGGUGGCGGCGGUAUCUUUUGGUGGAAAAAACCCAUAGAUAAAGGGUAGAAUGGCACAAGACCUACUCGAUCUUGAUAAACUAAACAGGACCAUAUUAUGUUACGCCGAGACAGUUUACCGGAUUAAUGGCGUAUGGGAAGGACCUGAUCCAUUGACACCCUUUAUACCUCUCUUCUUCAUUCAGAUAACCCUUGCCAUCAUGUUUACUCGUCUUCUCGUCUUCGCCCUAAAACCCUUCAACCAACCUUCUAUUAUUGCAGAAAUUCUCAGUGGUAUAAUUCUGGGACCUUCUGUAUUUGGAAGAAACAGUGGAUUCAGAAAGCUGAUGUUCCCAAGUUACACUUACAAAGUGCUGGAGCCAAUGGCACAUUUGGCCCUUGUAUACCAUGCCUUCCUUGUGGGAUUAAGAAUGGACAUAAAAGCAAUUCGACGCACCGGAUCCAAGGCUCUUAACAUUGCUGUAGCCGGAACUAUAAUCCCUUUCUCUCUAGGUUCCACCUUAUAUUUCGUCUUCCGAGGCAAUAAAACAGGUUUCAUUUUCUGGGGGGCUGCCCUUACCGUCACCGGCUUCUCGGUACUAGCAGAAAUUCUUGAAAAGCAAGAAAUAAUCAACACUGAAAUUGGUAAGACUGCCAUGGCCUCUGCCCUAAUCAACGAGGUCUGUGCAUGGUGUUUUCUGGCGCUUGGGCUUGCCAUCACCGGCGCCCCCCGAAACAUUCACUGGUCAUUGCUAUGUACCAUUGUUUUUGUACUACUCAGUGUCUAUUAUAUCCGGCCUUUUCUCAAUUGGGUCAUCCGGAAAACACCAGAAGGGCAAGGAUACAGUGAGUUCUAUAUAUGUUCAGUGCUCACUGGAGUGGCCUUCUCUGGAGUCAUCACUGAUGCAUGUGGAACACACCCCAUGAUUGGUGCCUUCGUCUUUGGACUUGUGAUACCUAGUGAAGUUCUUGAAGCUGCACUGAUUGAAAGGCUUGAAGACUUUGUCGCUGGAAUUUUUAUGCCGGUGUUCUUCAUGGUUUGUGGGCUGAGAACUAAUGUUGAUACCGUCUCUGACCAAACUUCUUGGAUCGUGGUGGCAUUUGUUUUAAUUUUAGCCUGCACUGCCAAGAUUCUGUGCGCUCUUGCCGUUUCCCUCUUCAGUAACAUUCCAGCCAAGGAAGCAGUUGCGGUUGGAGUAUUGACAAACACCAAGGGCGCCAUGGCAAUGAUCAUCCUUGAAGCUGGACAAACACAAUUGGCUCUAAACACGCAAACGUACUCAUUAAUGGUGAUUGCAAUCCUGUUAAUGACGAUGGUUGUCAUGCCUGCCACAAUCACAUAUCGUCCAUCUAAGAAUUUGGUACCAUAUAAGCGCAGGACAAUAGAGAAGGCAAAAUCAGAUGAAGAGCUCCGAGUCCUUGCGUGUAUUUACAAUACGCGUCAUGUCCCUUCCAUUAUUAACCUUCUCAGGGCUUCAAAUGCCACGAACAGAUCCCCCAUAAGAGUGUUUGCUCUCCAACUAGUUGAACUCAUUGGACGUGCCACUGCUAGUCUGGUUGUCCAUAGCAACCGCAAAGUGGGCCCCAGAAAUCCCAGCGACGUAGAAGCACAAGCAGAUCAUAUUAUAAGUGCUUUUGACAACUAUGAACUACGAUCAGACGGCGUUACCACCCAAACACUCACUGCCCGGUGCGCUUACUCCACCAUGGAUGAAGAUAUUUGCAAUGUUGCAAAGGACAAGCGUUCAGCAUUCAUAAUUAUCCCCUUUCACAAGCAACAAACUCUUGAUGGUGAAAUGGAGGAUAUCAAUCCUGCCAUCCGGAGUGUUAAUGAAGGCGUACUAGAAAACGCACCUUGUUCUGUGGGUAUAUUGAUUGAUAGAGGACUUCAGGAGUCAAAUGAUCAUGCGCGCAAUAUUGCCAUGUUGUAUUUUGGGGGUCCUGAUGACAGGGAAGCAUUGUCUUAUGCUUGGAGGAUGGCAGAAAAUUCAAAUAUCAGCCUAACAGUAGCAAGGUUUACCCCUAGUAGUGAUGCAGAGGAACUGGAUCCUGUAGAAUCUGUUGCAAAAACCCACAUGACUCUGCAAAUUGACAGUGAGAGAGAGAACCUGCUAGAUGAGGAUUACCUGAACAAGUUCAAGAUUGCAACCGCCAAUGACAAAUCAAUAACAUACGUUGAAUUGAUGUUAAAUGAUGAAGAAGAAACUGUUAAUGCAAUAAAAUCAAUGGAUAAACGCCAUCACGAUCUUUUCAUUGUUGGAAAAGGGGCAGGCAUUAUGUCACCUUUGACAACAGGUCUAGCCGACUGGUGUGAUUGUCCAGAGCUGGGGCCAAUUGGAGAUCUUCUGGUCACAUCAGAAUUUGAAUCUGCAUUUUCGGUGCUGGUGGUGCAACAGUACAUCAGGUCAAACAAGAGGGAUGGAUCAGAGAGGUCUGCAAGCUCAGUGGACUAUGGGCAAGAGAUGGAACUGAGGCCAUCAGUAAGCGGAAGCGAUGGAUUUGAAUCCAUCACCAGUUUCACAACAAGAGAUCAAAAUAACCGAAUGCCCUUACACGAUUAGGUUUUCUGCAUCAUUUUUAAUCAAACAUGUGCAUGUUGGCUUCAGAUUUUGUAAGACAAUUUCGUUUCGCUUCAUAAAGACACUAUCUAUAUAAAUUGAUUCUUCCAACUAUAAAAGAUUCAUAAAAAAUUAUGUGAACUAGUAAGGUUAAACAACUUAAGCUUCAGAGGUAAGUUACUCUGCCGCCUAGGAAUACCUGUUGCAAUUUUAGUCGAAAAACCCAGUCAGAAGUUUUAACGUAGAGUGAACCCUGCACUCCCAGUCUCCAAUAUUUGGAAUUGACAAAAUCUAGUCUCCAUAAAUACAGACAUGCAAACAGUGAUAUUACUGAAUUCUAUAUAGUUAUUGCUCACUUGAGAAGUUAUUAGUUAGUUCUAAAUACACACACAAGAGGGUGUAAACAGAUUGUUACUCUUGGAGAUCUGACUGAAGGCUGAAGUUAAGCGCAAAUGCUAAUGAAGCUGGAACGUAACUUGGGGUUCAUGACCUACAACAGAGUUUUAUGUUUAGAUGAACCUUAUGAGUGACUUGAUUCAUUGAUACAAACAACUUAACCCAGAAAUUCACCGAUGAUAUUUGAAUACGCACAAUAUUGAAAUACUGGCCAGGCAAAACAAAAUGGACAAGCAUAGUAAAAUCUAAUGUAUGAAAGAGUGAAUUCACUCAAAAACACAAAUGAAGUUGAGAUAUAACAACAUAUUUGUCUUUGGAGAUCAAAUCACUUGCUAAUCUGAUCUAUCUUAUUCUGUAUAAGUGUGUAGAAAUGCAGGUCAAAGGUGUCAAAUGUGCAUCACUACAAACUGAACAAAGUGGAGGAGCAUCUCCAGAUAAAUAUCAAUUAUUAUCUUGAAAGAUAAUCAUCAUGCAACAUGGGUAGCAACUCGUAGAUGCUUCAAAGUUUAGACAAGUCUGCAACCUUAAAAUCACCUAUUCACUGAAUCUUCUUAAGAAUGUUGACAUAAGUAUAGCAAGAAAAAGACAUGAAAAGCUUAUGGAACCAGCAAUAAGAAUUGACAAAUGACAAGAAAUCACAAUAUAUUUCAAACCAGUAACAUAAACUUAUCAGUAUAAUUCUCUUUCUAACUCUUCCCAAUCCUAACCUCGUCUAAGCCCUCUCCGCACCCCCACCAAGACCACCCUACUGUCCCAAAA